AUGCGUUUCCUUUCCUCUGUCCUCCUCGCCUGCACGGCGCUGCUCUCCUCGGUCGAGGCCCAAAACGGCUACAAGGGAUUCAACUACGGCGCCUUCUUCAACAACCAGCAAGCCAAGCGCAGAAACGACUUCGCCUACGAGUUCAACGCCGCCAAGCAGCUGCCCGGCACGAACGGGGGCUUCACCAGCGCACGCCUGUACACCAUGAUCCAAUGGGGCACCCAGAACACCGUCAUCGAAGCCAUCCAGGCGGCCAUCGAUACCAAGACGACCCUUCUGCUGGGAAUGUGGUGCUCGUCGGGCCAAGCCGCGUUCGACAACGAGAUUGCAGCGUUGAAGGCGGCGAUCAAGCAGUACGGCAAGGCCUUCACGGACCUCGUCGUCGGCAUCUCCGUCGGAAGCGAGGACCUCUACCGCAUCACGCCUACCAGCAUCCAGAACGGCGGCGGCCCCGGUGCCCAGCCGCAGGAGCUCCUCCACUACAUCCAGCAGACCCGUGAUGCGAUCCGGGGAACCGCUCUCCAGGGCAAGCCCAUCGGCCACGUCGACACCUGGACCGCCUACGUGAACGGCAGCAACAGCGCCGUCAUCUCGGCCCUCGACUUCCUCGGCGUGGACGCGUACCCGUACUUCCAGACCACCAUGGAGAACAGCAUCGGAAACGCAAACAGGACCUUCUACGAUGCGCUCCAGGCCACCAUCAACGUCUCGCAGGGCAAGCCCGUCUGGGUCACCGAGACGGGAUGGCCCGUCACGGGUCCUACGCAGAACCAGGCCGUCGCUUCGGCUGAGAAUGCGCGUGUCUACUGGGAGGAUGUGGCGUGCAGUCUGAUGGCCAAGAAUGUCAAUUUUUACUACUAUAUGCUGCAGGAGGCGCAGUAUGGGAACCCGAGCCCGGACUUUGGUAUCAAGGGGCCUGGGGAUCUCAUGCAGAUUCCGACGCGCUUUGAUGUCCGCUGUUAG